AAAGUGGGACUGCCAACAUUCUAAAAUUGUCAUUCUGCCCCUUCCCCUUUGAAGAAACGUCAAUUCAGUGCAAAAUACAACAAUAAUAAACACGAUGAAAUUAAAUCGAAACGUUUUGAACGUGUAAUAAAUCAAGCCAAAAUGGAAUUAUUUAGAUCAGAGUCGUAUUAUAUAUUCGUUAGAAAUGAAUCAAGUUUAUGGUGGAACAGACUAACAGGGGCUUUCUCAGUACGAUCAGCAUGGGAUCUCUCUGAUAUUGAAGAUAUAGAAUGCCUGGGCAUUACGGAUGGGAUCGUAGGGAAGGUGGAACACUCCAAUAUAUUCGAGCCUCGUCUAAUGAUUAUAAAGGAGAGUUCUCCAGUAGGCACAAUAUAUUUCCACCACUCAAUUAAUAAAAUCAAGUCAGUAUGUUUUUUGAAUAUGGGGCCGAUAAACCAGGAGAUAGAGCUGUGCCCUUGCACGAAACACGGAUCUCUGAACCCUGUAUCGAGUUCUAAUAAGUCAUUGAAUAAGAAGAUGGGAACUAGGCUGUUUGAGAACUCCGCAUUCCUGAAUAAAACUGUUGGUGCUGUGAAGAACGUUAGCAACACCAUUAAGACGACCACACAGCAAGCUGCUACCCAGGUAAAACAAUCAGUCAAAAAACAACGAGACCCAAAACUCGACGAGCGUUUCGAAAAACGCCUCACCGAUGAGUUGACGAAAAUCUUCGAUGACUCCGAGAGUUUCUACUACUCCCGGACCUUGGAUAUCACCAACAGUCUUCAGAGACAGUAUGAGAUAGAGAAGCUACUGGAAUCCGAAGCUGGAACUGGGAAACCGGUGGUGGAUAUCACGAAGUGGUGGAAGCAUGUUGAUGAUAGAUUCUUCUGGAAUAAGUAUAUGCUGAAGGAUAUUAUUGCACUUGGGAGUCCAGACUGCGACCAAUGGAUCCUGCCCAUCAUCCAAGGUUAUGUGCACCUCUCACAAAUCGCCGUGGAACCGGCAGACGUGAACCCUCUGAAUACAGAGUCAUUAUCCAACUCUAGCUCGUGUGAUGAGACCUUUACUUUGGGGCUGAUCUCUAGAAGGUCGAGAUAUCAGGCUGGGACGAGGUACAAUCGUCGAGGCAUCGAGCCGGGCGGCAAAGUGGCCAACUACGUGGAAACUGAACAGAUUGUGUCCAUCAUAUGCUCUGAUAGCAUACAUCGAGCUUCCUUUGUGCAGGUGCGUGGUUCCGUGCCUAUAUUUUGGAGUCAACCCGAGUACAAGUUCAGGCCACCGCCUCGUCUCGAUCGAACCGAAGACGAAUCUCACUCAGCCUUCAAGAACCAUUUCAAAGAAGAGAUAAAAACAUACAAAAACGUUUGCAUAGUAAACUUAGUGGAGCAGCAAGGCAGAGAGCGCAUCAUAUGGGAGGCGUAUGGUAACCACGUGCUGCGGUACAACAGCCCUGACGUCAUAUACGCUACCUUCGACUUCCAUGAGUACUGUCGAGGCAUGCAUUACGAAAACGUGAGCAUACUGAUCAACGCGCUAGCCGAGGUGAUAGGCGAGAUGCGAUUCUGUUGGCGCGACGACCGCGGCCUCAUAUGCGCGCAGAACGGCGUCUUCCGAGUCAACUGCAUCGACUGUCUCGAUAGAACUAACGUCGUACAGACGGCCAUAGCGAAGUACGUGCUAGAACUGCAACUGUGUCGCUUGGGGCUGGGCACGCCGGGCUGCGGCCUGCCGCCGUCGCUGCGCCAAGCCUUCCUCACCAUGUGGGCCGACAACGGCGACGUCAUCUCGCGACAGUAUGCCGGCACUAAAGCUCUGAAGGGCGAUUACACAAGAACGGGCGAAAGAAAGUUCACAGGGCUCAUGAAAGAUGGCGUUGCGUCCGCAAACAGAUAUUACCUGUCAACUUUCAAAGACGCUCUCCGUCAAGUUGCCAUAGACGUGAUGACGGGCGAGUCUCGGUCCAUUCCGGACCAGUUGAUAGUUCCUGAAGGAGGACGCUGCACUUCUGUCAAGGACCAAGCGGAGCCGGAUACGGCGGCGAUGGCUCAACACGUCAAGUCCUUGAUAGAUGACUGCAAGAAACUGCUCGUUGAUACGGAACCUAUUUUAGGCUCCUGGGGACUGAUUGACGCGGAUCCCAAUACCGGCGAUCCUCACGAAACGGAAAUGGACAGCGUACUAGUACUAACAAGCGAGGCGUACUACGUGGCCGACUACGACGAGACGUCGGACCGACUGCUCGGGGUACAACGAGUGCCGCUGCGGGAUGUCACCGCUAUAGAACUCGGACCUUUUGACGCUAAUUGUACCACGAUAUUCAACGUGGGCCGCAAGAACUCGUCGGAGGCGAUCUACUGCAUCCGCAUCAGCUACUCGUGCGGCGGCGAGGCGGGCUACUUCCACAUGUUCCGCUCCACCACGCUGCGCUUCUUCAACAACAUGGCGGUCGUCAUCAACACUAAGGACGAGAUGAUAGAAUCUCUUCACUCGAUCUGCGAAUCGUUAAUGGUCGCCCGCGACGUCGCCAAACUUCCACCGAUACCAUUCCAUGAUGGAGUUAAAUUGGAGAAGAAGAAAUCUAAGGUCCACCCGGGACAGACAGGUAACGCCCGUUCGUCUCUAUACCUGGACCUGUCUCGCUUGCCCACACUCACGCGCAACGUCAGCGAGACGCAACUCGUCGCGGACAUACGUAGUGUUGGAUCCAAAGCCCUGACCAACAUGACGGAACAAUUCAGCAAGUUGAACAAACUGAGUCACUCGCUAAACGCUCGCGCGCGUCCUAGUCUCCAGCUCAAAUUCGACCAGAGCGCCUCUCGAACCAAAAAGAUCUUCACACUCGGACAAAAUAAGGACAACAAGAAAAAAGGCAGCCUUUCCGACGGCAUGAGCUCCGACUAUUCCUCCGACGACGAAAAUAGAACUAACAUCUUCGAACCGACCCUAGAUAACUUCGAAAACACCCAACAUUAUAUUGGCAAGCCGGGACAGAAAACUGACGCGGAAAACGACUGCGAAUUAAUUUCAAAUCCUUUAUAUUCUUCUAAAAUUGAACCGCAUGAUACACAGGUCUUUAUUCCGUCGGAGAUAGUGACUAAUGUUGAGAAACAAGCUUCGAAGACCCCUAUUAACGUGAAUAAAAUCAAUCCGUUUAACAUUGACGCUUCUAAGACUCCAGAAAUUCACGUAGAAGGGGCUUUCUCGAAGCCAGCCCCACCGAAUUCUCUCGUAUUGUCUCAAAAGCUUUCGCAUAGCUCUAAUGAGUUAAAUUUCGACGAUACGCAGUCAGAAGGAGCUAAUUUCCAUGUUCGAUCGAAUUCUCAGCAUGAAAUUACACUGAAUAUAGCUCAGUCGCAUAGUGAGUCGGCUAUAAGGCAGUUUAAGAAUAUUACAAGUCCAGUUGGAAGCGCUACUAAGGAGAUGGUACUCUCGCCUUUGACAAAGUUGGCUAAGGGUGUCCAGAAUCUUGGCGCUAAUUUGGACCCGAGGAAGAUCAAGGCUGCACCCGCAGUAAAGCAAAUAACCGAACAGCAAUACGAGGAACACAGAAAAUUGCAGGAAAAAUGGCGCGGAUGCAGCACCCGACUCGUCGCGCUCUAGAGUUACCAUCACCAACACAGUGUUGCCAGGUGAAAAUAAAUUCCCCCAUUCUUGUCCAAAAAAGCCGCAUACCCAGUGAUAAUUUCUUUUUAAUUUAUUUCAAUUUUGUGUGCACAAUUUUGUAUUUAUAUAACGUAGACUUAGUCUGCAUUGUACAGUUGACUCGUAGAUCGCGUAUUAUGGACGUUUUCAAACCAUUCAGUAUUUAGAAAAGUAAUUAAUGUAGAGUGUUAAAUGAUACGAAUAGUUUGCAGGGUUGAAACGUACGGUCCUUUAGUGAUAGGAAGUGUUUUGUAAGACAGUUUAUUGUUAAAUACAUCUUUGAUACUACUCGGGGGGAUAGCUAACUAUGGCAUAUAUUUUCUUACAGCGAUAUUGUUUUUUGGUUGGGCAAAUGUGAUAGCAAAGUGGGCAAAUAUUCGUUUUCUACCAAAAUAAAAUAAAACUAACAUAGGAGGUUUUUAUGUUUCAUUAUUUUGGUGUUUGUUAUGUUAUAACAAUCAAACAAAGUUUAAAAUUAAAAGUAUAUGUUUUUCUCUAUGAGCUAGCUAUUCUCUCUAAGCAGUAUUUCUAUAUUCGUCUCACACGAUUAAAUCUUCCUAUAAAAACUAAAGCAUGCUUUGAUUACCUCAAUAUCGAUGUAUUUUCUUCAUCACGUUUUAUACGAAACUAUAACAAGCUUCAUAGAAUAAAUGGAAUAAUGUUUUUGAAAUAAUUCCUGAAUUUAAUAAAAAAAAACUAACUUGGAUUUCAAAGUUACGUAUGAAACGUUUUCACAAAAAUUUCUAACUGAUGGUUUUUGGAAUAAAAUUAUUAUGAAAACAUAAAAAUAAACUAACAAUAUAAUAGCAAAUGUUUCUCUACUCUAAUACUGUUGACAUUCCUUUAUCUAAUAUAGUUUUUAAAAUUAAGGCCUCAUAUAGAAAACCUUGAGAGUUAAAAUCUAUUGUUAUUUAGAGUUCAGUAAAUGUUAGAUUCCCUAGUUAAUCGGUAUUAUUGUAUUGUUAACAUUUCAAUAAUUCAUACAAUGACGUAAUAUUGUUUCCUUUAAGCCACGUAUUCACUGGGAAACAAUGUUUCAGAUACACAGUUUCUGAAACAUUACGUAGAUGUUUACAGCAACAAUGUUUCGGAAACUCUGCCGUCCACAUCGUCCAUAGAAACAAAAUUAUAUGUUUCUGAAACAAAAUUAUUUUUUUCAGAAACACGUAGAUUUUGUUUCUGAAACAGUGUUUAUAAACUGUUUCUUAGUGAAUACAUGGCUUAAAAAUUGAUAGUAUCUUGAGUUUGCUUAUAAGUUUUACUUAAAAUCUACCACCGCGUUAAAUACUGUUGUCUAAAUUAUUAUUUUUCGUUCGUUGUUUACCUUCGUAUAACUGGGGUUUAACGUAAUUACUCUAUCUUAUUUCUACAUAUACUGCAAAAACUAUAAGAUCAUGUCUUGUGUAUUUAAACGCCAGUGAAAUGAUAACCUUUUCAAAUGCUUUGACAAAUUGUACCAAAAAUUAUAUGUAAACUCGUAAAAUAUUAGAAUCGUUAUGUAUAUUAGACAAAUGCAGUAUUAUAUAUGUUAAAAUUAAUUAGUGAUAUGUAUUACAUUCAAUGGUUAGACGUGGGUUAUAUUUUGUACGUUAUAACUAUCAGAUUACAAGUGUAAAAAAGAUACGAUACGUGGUCAUGAUUUUUCACUUUUGUAAUAUAAUCUCGAUUGUUAUAAUGUCAAAGUAUAGCCGGUUAUAAUAUAUAAUCAAAAUAGUAAAAUCCAAGCAUAUUUUAUAAUAUACUUUUUUCACGAAUCCUUCGGAAAAAGGCAGUAUCAAGAACGUAAUCUUUCAAUGCACUAUACUACUUUUUUAUGGUUUAGUAGAUUUAAUAUUCUACGAAAAAUAUGCUUAGAUUUUUAUCGUUGAUUUCUCCAUGUAUAAACUGCCAGUAUGAUUUCUGUGAAUCAAUAUACUCCGGUUUUACAAGCUUGUAUUAUAAAUAAAAUACCUAUAUUUUAAUUUAUAAUAAUAGACAUAGCUUAAACAAAGUCGAAAUAUACUUAAAUUUAUUGCACCGAUCAUUAGACAAAUGUUAAUAAUAUAUUUCGAAUAGUUAGUGUAAUAUAAUUAAGAUUUUUUUUGUUGAUUUAUUCAAGGAAUUGUUAAUGCAAUAAAUUAUUAUCCAAUGUUAUAACUAAUACUUUGUAAUGACGAAAAUAUUUACAAUUGUAACGAAUAUUAAUAGUAUUAUUCACAUGCACAUUCAAAUCUAAAAAUUUAAUGUACAAUAUGAUAUUAUUGCAAUAUAAAGACAUAUUUUCACUUGCCAGAAUUUUCUACGUAAAUAGAAGUAAUUUUGGCGUUGUUUCGCAUGUGAAAAUUUAUAUCUUUCAUAAUCUACAUACAGCUUCCAUAAUUAUGUCAAUAUAACAAAAAGACUAUUUCGUCACAAAUAUAAACUUGAAUAUUUCCCUCAUAUUCCUUGUACUAUAAACGGAAAAGUGAGAAUUAAAUAUAGUAUUUUAGUGAUUCCAUUUAGCAGUUAAAGUUAUUAGAGAAUAUAGUUAAUUUUAGUGUGCACGUCACAAGUUUAGAUCGAAUGUACCGUGUUGAAGAAAUCUAAAAGUAAUACCAAAUGUCUAAGAUAAUCGAAUUUAUUUGCUUUUAAUUCGAUUAACUCGCGUAAAUUUAAAAUCGAUAUUCAUAAACGCCGAGGCUUCCUAAUAUGCGAGCAAAAGUUAUAUUCGACGUUUGCUUACAUGCACAUUUUCGACAAAUGACAUCCCGAGAAUGCGCAUGUGAUAUGCAAAAGUACUUCUCAAUGUUUAGCAGUAAUAUCUAUGAUAGAAAGACCUCGCCAUUGUUGGGUAGUCAGCUUGCUAGCGACUGACACUAACGUCAAAUUCGAGGAGUGUUCUGGUCGGUCCUAGAUUAGGUACGCCGCGUAACGGGUAGAAAAGUGAGUAUUAAGGUAAUGUGGAAUGUAGCUGCGUAGACCGUAGGAUUUUAUAUUAGCUUUAUUAUCGACGUAGACAGAAUAUACACCAAAAAAAUACAACCCUUCCUGAAAGUCGGGUAAAAAAAUACGUAGGCGAUGGCUUCGUAAAACUGUAGACUUUGUACUCGGUCUGUGUUAGAUAUUUUUAAAAGCAAAUUAAUACAAAAUGCCUAUAUUCUAAUAGCUCUGUUUACAGUUUAUAUACCUGUAUUUAAUAUAACCGAUUUAACGGAGUUACUUUCGCUUUUUUCAGAAGUGUAUCUUACAAAAAUAUUUAAUGAAAUCUCCUGGUUGACCAAAAAGCUUAAUGACUGAUUGUGAGUUUUAAUAUGUAUACAAGUAGACGGCUACUAGGGCGUAGAAAAUCGAAGUUUCUAGAUUGUUAUUAUCUUAGUACAGUUUAUGAGCUUACGAACAAUUUCAUUUCACCGUAUAAAAAAAUCUAUAUGAAAAAUCAUGUUUAUUGUCAAAACUGCUGAACAUAUUAUAAUGAAAUGCUACGUAUAUAGCCUAGUUACUAAGUGCGCUACACAAUAAUAACGAUUAUAGAACAAUAUCCGAUACAUCGAUGUUAUAAAUGAAUACAUAGGCAUUUAGAACUACUACUUAGACAGUUAUAUCUUGUGAAAUGCAUGUGACAGAAUUAUUCAAAAAUUAGCAGAAUUUUAUUUUGAAUUCAGUACAAACUUUCAGUAUUGCUUUACGUAAAUCAAAGUAUUAUUUUUACAAAAUAUAUUAGCAACUUGUUAACUGAGCUAAGCCUGAGACGUAAUACACAGGUCAAUUAAUUUGUAUUCAAUGGAUAUUCCAAAAUCUACGCUUUUAUAAAAUCCUACCAAAACGCGUACAAAGCUGUUGUAGGUAAUAUUAAAUUUAGCUUAUACCUAAUAUAUAAAACGUUAGUAUUUUAAUUUGUGUUGUACCAUAAUGAUUUAACUAAAGGUACCAAUUUGCAACGUAUUUCUGUUAGUACAAACUUACUUAGCGUUAUUUACCUGACAAUUACGAAAAUAUUUUAUGAUUUCUUGUCUUGAAGUUGGUAUUAUCCGCCUUUGCUCUCGAAUCGCAAGUAUAUUUUUUUACAGUCGUUCCAUAUAUUCUAACUAUGCGUGCUUUGCUGACCAGAGAUAGAAUUUGAUAUAACUUGCGUAGCUAAUUUCAACAUCUUAUCUCCAGUAACAAAACAAUAGAUAGGGAGAAUAUUGGAACGAUAGUCCUUAUGAAAUUGAGCAAUGUAUGAUCGAAACACCAGAGACAAGCGAUAUGGCUUAUAUGCUCCUAUUAUAAACAGUGCAACAACAUAUAACUCGUAUAUUUCAGAGAGUCUGUAAAAUCUGUUGAAUCGAAAGUUUAACCUAUCCUAAUCUAACAAAUUUUACCGAUUGAUCUUCUACUAAUGAGGUAGGUUUAUAUGCUGUUAUCUGUACCUAUGCCAAUAUACCUAUAUUACCACCUCGAGUUGCAUUGCUUAGGACUAUAUUAAAGUUGGAAAAUAUGAAUAGGAUGUCCCAAAACUCAACGAUAACUUGUUAAGGGGGCCCAAGCUGUACCAGUCCCGGAAAAAACAUGUUUAGUUACAUACAUAUUACACAAUAUAUAAGUAUAUAAACAAAUUAAAAGUUAAAAAACAUAUUUUUAAGUUGUCUUGUUCGCAUUUUUGGGU